GGCAGGGGUGGGGGUGGUAGGGCACCUCCUGGAGAGUGCAGGGGGUUUGAGAGCAUCCUCACCCUCCACUCCUCUGGCAUCCUUCUGUCUUCUUGUCCCCCUCUUUCUCUACCAUACUGUCUAGAUGAGGGGCUGCGUAUUCCUCCCUCCCCUACGUGGUAAUUCCAGUCCCCAUUCUGCUGCUGGAUGACUUUGAAGAAGUUGCUUCUCCUCUCUGUUCCUCAGUUUCCUCAUCUGUAAAAUGGGAUGGGAGUCAGGGUUCUGGCCAGAUCAUGACAUGGUGUCCUAAAGAGAGACCUAACAAGAGGUACAGCAUCUGCAAAUCUCAGAUCCCUUAUGGAAGGAGAUAGUUCCCUUUAUACUAGCACCUGAACCCAAAGAUGAAAUUCAAAAAAAUAAGUUCAACUGAUUGUUUAAAAAAAUUCCAUAAUAUACAGUGGGGUGAGAGGUUGGAACCUGAGAGCCCAGGUUCAAAUUCCAGCUUCACCACUUCCUUCCCGUAUGCCUUGAGACAAGUAAGGAAACCUUCAUGAGCCUCCAUUUCUGUACCUAUAAAAUAGGGAUAAUGCUAGUACCUCCCUCAUAGUGAUGCAAGCAUAAAAUGAGUUAAUACACAAAGGCAUUUAGAACACAUAGUAAGUGCCACAUGUGUGACUGUUGCUUUUAAUGUUGUUAUCACUACUGCUGCUAUUAUUAAUGCAGUAUGGCUACAUGGUCAAAAUUUUAAAGCAUAGGCAAAGGAUAAAUGAGAAAAAUUAGUCUUCUUUCCUCUUCCCCCAAUAUCUUCCUGUGUCCUAAAGAUACUCACUGUGAACCAGGUCCCCCAUGGGACCUGAUUCUGGUUUAGGCUGUUUCUGGUCUUUUGCCAUCAGAACCAUCACCAAAUUCUCCUGUGUAUCACAUCAGAACUUGUAAUACAUAGAGGAACAUACUCAUUUAUCUCUUUAACAACAGCAUCUCAGGAUCAUGUUCUACUUGCUAUUGUGCUCCUUGCCUUUUUUUUUUUUUUUUUUUUAAAUGAGAAGCAACUUCUCAUUUAAAAAAAAAAAAAAAAAAAAAAAGUCUCUGUCACCCAGGCUGGAGUGCAGUGGCACAAUCUCGGUUCACUGCAACAUCUACCUCCUGGGUUCAAGCAAUUCCCCUGCUUCAGCCUCUUGAGUAGCCAGGAUUACAGGCAUAUAUCACCAUGCCAGGCUAACUUGUAUUUUUUUAAUAGGGACGGUUUUGCCAUAUUGUCCAGGCUGGUCUGGAACUCCUGACCUCAGGUGAUCCGCCCACCUUAGCCUCCCAAAGUGCUUGGGAUGGCAGGUGAUAGCCACUGGGCCCAGCCUGCUCCUUUCGGCUUUAACAUGUCUGGGAGCUCAUCUCUCAUCUAUGGCUCUUAUAUAUUCUCAUCUAUGGCUGUGUGGGUGUUCUGCUGGAUGUUUGUACCAUAUUCCAUUUUACCAGUCUCCACUGGUAAAAUGGCAUUUAGGCUGUUUCUGGUCUUUUGCCAUUAGAAACAAUAGACACAAAUCUUCCUGCACAGCUACCUUUGGCCCUUGAGUUAAUCUCACUUGAGAAUAAUUUCCCAGAAGAUAAGUUGCCAAGGCAAAGGGUAUGCAUGUUGAAAAGUCUGAUGUCAUGUUGUUGAAUUACCUUCUGAAGAGAUGGCACUAUUCAAAGAUACAGCUGUCUCUGUUGGCAGUUUCAGGCAAGGGGUAUGAUGUGUUUUACACCCCUCCUUGGGAUCAGCCGAGGGGCUCAGCCCCCACAGUGGCCCAGGGGACCACCUGACAUAUCGCCCAGUGGGAAUGAGUGGGCACCUUAUCCCUAAAAACCUACAUUCUGCUCUAUUCUGUGAUAGAUUGUUCCAGAAGCCCCUGGCUGGACCUUCUGAGAGCCUGGGACAAUGGCGAGGGUUGGGGGUUCCCUGUAGGACUCUAAUAUUCGCCAUUGGACUCAGUCACAUGAGGCUCUCAUUUGGUCUUUAUCCCUCCAGGGUCCCUCAUGGAUCACAUGUCACACUUUACCAAUCAAUCCUGAGACAUACUUAGUCUUCUAGGUCCAGGCUCUGCUUUGAACUGAUCUUCCCAAAAAGCCCUGUGAGGUACUUUGUUAGUUCCUUUUUCAGAUGAGAAAACUAAGGUUCUAAGAGCUGAAGUGACCAUCUCAGGCAACACUGGUACAUGGUGAAACCAGGAUUUGAAAUCAGGUCUGACUUGCCAUUUUCAUGGAUGAGGACACCAAGGCUGAGAGAGACAGAGGGACCACCCCAAGGUAUCUGUCGCCAGGCUGGAGAGAGAGGUGUUAUCUUGGCUCACUGCAACCUCCACCUCCCAGGUUCAAGUGAUUGUUCUGCCUCAGCCUCUCGAGUAGAUGGGACUACAGGCAUGUGCCACCACACCCAGCUAAUUUUUGUAUUUUUAGUAGAGACAGGGUUUCACCAUGUUGGCCAGGUUGGUCUCGAUCUCUUGACCUCGUGAUCUGCCCACCUUGGCCUCCCAUAGUGCUGGGAUUACAGGCAUGAGCCACUGCACCCAGCUCAGACUCAGGUCUGACUUUUGAGCCUGUAAUACCUUCCUUUGUCUUGCGAAAAGUGUCAGAGUUCCAUGCACGGGCUGAAUUUCCAAGUUCUGUUCAGGCACGACUCUUCAUUGCUGCUCUUUCUUGAGAGCAGACGUAGGUCUCCAUAGGCAGGCUCCUGAGAAGACCGCGUGUGUGGGAAUUGCAAGUCUGGGACGGGGGUCGGGAAGGCCUUUCCUCUGGACAGCAUUCCUGGCACUUUCCUCAUGGCCCCUCCCCGCUGAUCACAACUCUAUUCCAGUGGGUUCUUUUGUAUGGAGUCACCUCCUGCAGCUGCUGGAGACACACGACCCCCUGAAACGAGCCCUCCGGGACACCCUCCCUGAGGACAUCCUCAGCCAGGAGUUCCACCCAGAAAUGUGGAAACACUCAUCCUAUUCUGAUGUCACCUUCCACUCAGUGUCUGGCAACCUGGGAGCCAACUUGGAUGGGACUCUUCUCUCCUGUCUCCUUUCUUCCCCAUUCUGCCACGGUCAACCUGACCAUCCACAUCAUGGACCGUGCCUUCAACCUCCUGGAGCUUGGGCUCUGGCUGGAAAAUGCUGAGGAAAUUGCUCGCAGGCUGUUUGGCAGGAACUCAUUCUGGGGUCAGCAAGAUGGAAGAGAGGCUCAGGCAGAGAAGCCCCCAGGACCAGAACAUGGGCCUGCACCACGGCCAGCCAGCCCCAAGUGUCCAGGAGACAGAGCUAGAAGGAUGAGAGACCUUCAGCAGAAGGUGACCCAGAGGCGGGGGGUCCAGCAGCCUCUGCGAUGCGAGCUGAGCAUGAAGGUGCUGGGGCAGGAGCUGAGUUUUGUAAACUGUGGGGCCACAGGGAGUCAAGUGAAGCACCAGUCCCUGAGCCUGGCAGAGCUCGCCAUCAAGCUCCUGAAGGGGCAAGAGGUCCAGAUUAACCGGAGGCUGAGCCUGGCCGCAGAGGAGCUGGUCUUUCCCACAGUGUCUGGCCUCCCUGCUCUGCUGACCCUAAACGCCUCGGCCGCUAUCAGCAUCCGGGUCCGAGGAGUCGCCGACUUCCAGCAGCGCUCGGAUUUCUCUGUGAAUGGUUAUGUCAAGCCCAGUGCCCUGCUCCAGAUCUCGGCUCAGAUGGGCACAACGGGAGCCUUGGGGCAGGCUGGGCUGCGGUGGGUGACCAGCGUCCGCAGCACCGCCAGCCUGGCUGGAGGGAUCCAGCUGCAGAAGGGCCAGGACCUCAAGGUGCAUCUGAACACGCCCGAGGAGGCUGUGGAGCUGCUCAGCUUCAGCUCUCAGCUGUACGUCGUUACCAGGGAUGGCGUGAGGAGCCUUAGACACAUCUCUGUCCCUUCUGAGGCCCAGUCCUGUACUGGUGAGGAAGGAAAGAUGGAGGCUCUCGGGAGUGCCCGCAUGGGUCACUUGGAGCUGGUUCUGGAUGACAGGGAUGUCUACUACAUCAAGCCAAGACUGACCAUGAGAAACCCUGGAAGCUCAGGAAGGAAGGAGCCACCCAGGAGCAGGGACAGGGACCUGGCGGGGAAGACCAGAAAUCAGGAAGCAAGAAAUUUGGAUAUCCCUGCUUUACGUCAAGAAAAACAAAGACACUGUAUCUUUAGAAUGCCUAAACACACUACCAGCCAUGCAAAUAACCUGAGACAGGCCAUCAGUUUUCCACCUGAUUAUCUGUAUCCUUGGCAUGGCUUUCUUGGCGUUCUGUGGAUGCUUUUAACUAUUGUGUUUCUGGGAGUUUCUACCGUUGGCCUUUUCCUCCGAAAAAUUACCUUCUGUCGCUGUGCUCAAGCCUUGGAGAGGGAGAUGGCAGAGAGCAAGGCUGCCUACAAGCGGCACAGAUGGAGAAUGAGGAAAAAGAAAAGAGUGCCAGGGAGACACAUGAGUGAGGAGCCAGCCCAGAAACGCCUGUGCCUGAAGAACGCUUUCUGGCGAGGUGGGAGCUCCCGUGAAGGCAGCCGCUUAGUUUCCGCUGCAGGACCCACACGCCCUGCUUCUCCUUUUGGGGAUUCAGGACCUCAUUCGGUUCCCAUGAGGAACAGCAGCUGCGUCCCAAGUGAAAUCACAGAGAAGACAAAGGUUAACAUGGCUGCAGCACAGCCUCAUCACUGCUCAGCAUUGCCCUGCUCACCCUACCUCAUGGCUGACCCUUCAGGACCACUGAUGGCUUGCCCGCCACCUCCUCCAUCUGGGUGUCAUCUGGGAGCUCCACCAUUCCCAUCAGCUAAAGGUGUUCUGGGACCUCUGACAACUCCUCGACUCCAGUGUCCACUAGGACAUCUGCCAGCUUCGUCAGAUGAUGAGUUUUCGAGACCACAGACACCUACACCCGCAUGUCUUCUGGCUGCUUUACCACCUUCUUCAGCCAAUGAUUUUCUGAGCCCAUACACAAUUCCACCUGAGUGUCUAUGCACACAGCUGCCAGCUUCGUCAGAUGAUGAGUUUUCGAGACCACAGACACCUACAUCCGAAUGUCUUCUGGCUGCUUUACCAGCUUCUUCAGCCAAUGAUCUUCUGAGUCUGCACGCAACUCCACUCAAAUGUCUACAGACACCUCUACCACUGUCUACAGAUGAUGAUCUUUGAAAACC